AUGUCCCAGCUCUCUUAUAAAGUUGCGGAUAUUAGCUUGGCGGAAUGGGGCAGAAAGUCUAUAGAGAUUGCAGAAAAUGAGAUGCCUGGUCUCAUGAUGAUGAGGCAAAAGUACGGCACCUCUAAGCCGUUAAAAGGUGCUAGAAUUGCCGGCUGCCUACAUAUGACGAUUCAAACUGCUGUCCUCAUUGAGACAUUGUUAGAGCUUGGAGCUGAAGUUCAAUGGGCCUCUUGCAAUAUAUUUAGCACACAAGACCAUGCUGCCGCUGCAAUCGCCAAAAGGGGUGUUCCUGUUUAUGCGUGGAAGGGGGAAACUGACGAAGAGUAUAUAUGGUGUAUAGAGCAAACACUCUUCUUUCCUGGCGGGAAACUUUUAAAUAUGAUUUUGGAUGAUGGCGGUGACCUCACCAACCUCGUUCACACAAAAUAUCCUGAGUUACUCAAGGAAAUCAGAGGAAUCACAGAAGAAACGACUACUGGAGUACAUAAUUUGUAUAGAAUGCUUGAUAAAAACGAACUAAAAUGCCCAGCUUUUAACGUGAAUGACUCAGUCACCAAGAGCAAAUUUGAUAAUCUCUAUGGCUGCAGAGAAUCCCUUGUGGAUGGUAUUAAAAGAGCAACUGAUGUUAUGCUUGCUGGAAAAGUUGCUUUUGUGGCAGGUUAUGGUGAUGUCGGGAAAGGGUGCUGUCAAGCUUUGUCAGCUUUCGGAGCUCGAGUUCUUGUUGCAGAAGUCGAUCCUAUAAAUGCCCUUCAGGUAAGCCUUAACUAUCUUGUUUAUACGAUG